UGUGUGUGUAUGUCAGAUCUGUUUGCCAACCGUUUACGGUUUAUAAAUAAGUCGAUGAGUCUUGAAAGACAGAUUCGAGGAUGGGAAUUCAAUUUACCAGCGUAGCUCAAGAGGACCAGUUUUGAUUGAAAUAUAGAAACGAACGCGACAAGUGCGAUACAAUGAAAUUCGCGGAACACUUGGGCGCUCAUAUAACUCCGGAAUGGAGAAAACAGUACAUUAAUUACGAGGAAAUGAAGGCCUUGUUGUACGCUGCGAUCGAACAAGCUCCAGCGGUAGAAGCUAUCGAACCGCAUGUUUUGGAAAGGUAUUUCAGUAAAUUUGACGAAACUUUCUUUCACUAUUGUGACAAGGAGCUGGCAAAAAUCAACACGUUUUAUUCAGAGAAGUUGGCGGAGGCGAUGCGUAGAUACGCAACCCUUACAAGUGAGCUGAGUGGAGUUCAAACCGUCGUCGACGAAGUGAAAUCCGGUGGCCAUAAAGGCCCGUAUAAUGGACGCAUUAUUCACAAGAAGCCAGUACCGGCGCGUAAGAUUCGGGAAUUGAAACUUGCCUUUUCCGAGUUUUAUCUUUCGCUGAUACUGCUUCAAAAUUAUCAAAAUCUGAACUUCACCGGGUUCAGAAAAAUCUUGAAGAAACAUGACAAAUUGUUAAACGUUGAAGUAGGGUCGAAAUGGAGAGCAGAGCACGUCGAGGGCGCGUUAUUUCAUAUUCACAAAGACAUCGACAGACUGAUUGGUGAAACGGAGGCAGUAUUCACCCGCGAUUUAGAACACGGUGAUCGUCAACGAGCAAUGAAACGUCUACGUGUCCCGCCCUUGGGAGAGCAACUCUCGCCCUGGAUAACGUUCAAAGUCGGCCUCUUUUCCGGGGCCUUUGUAGUCCUACUCGUGGCCGUCGUGCUUUCCGGGGCCUAUAACAACGACAGAAGUGACUGGAGGGUACUGUGUAGGCUCUACCGUGGUCCGUUCUUGAUGAUACAAUUCUUUUUUCUCAUGGGAAUAAAUGUUUACGGAUGGAGAUCCUCAGGGGUUAACCACGUGUUAAUCUUCGAAUUAGACCCACGAAACCAUUUGUCGGAGCAGCACAUCAUUGAAAUGGCGAGUAUUUUUGGAAUCGUUUGGACCUUGUCGGUGCUCGGCUUUUUGUACAGCGACAAUUUAGGAGUCUCCCCAUUUGUACAGCCGGUUCUGCUGUAUGCAGGAUUAAUGGCAUUCCUUUUCAACCCGACGAAAACUCUGCGACACGAGGCUAGAUUUUGGGCGUUGCGAGUCAUGGGGCGAAUAUUUUGUGCACCAUUCUUUUACGUGGGAUUCGCCGACUUUUGGCUUGCCGAUCAGCUCAACUCCCUUCAAACCGUCUUCCUUGAUUUGCAGUACUUUGUCUGUUUCUAUACGAAGAACUCGUCAUGGACCAGAGUUACGGAUGCGGAAGUCUGUAUAUUACACGAGCACUCGAUGAGGCCUUUCGUGGCCUGUCUGCCGGCGUGGUUCCGAUUCGCUCAGUGCCUAAGACGGUACAGGGAUACGAAAGAAAUUUUCCCUCACCUGGCAAACGCAUCGAAAUACGCUACGAGCUUUUUCGUCGUCAUCUUCUCAUACCUUCAUCUCGCGUACGCCAAUCGUUACCAAACAACAACGCAGAACCCGUAUUUCUACCUCUGGGUUGUCGCGAGCGUUGUUAGUUCCUGCUUCGCCUAUACUUGGGACGUUAAAUUAGACUGGGGCCUACUCGAAGUGCGAAAAGGCGAGAACAAGUUUCUUCGCGAAGAGAUUGUUUACUCCUCGCCGUAUUACUACUACUUUGCGAUCGUUGAAGAUUUUAUCCUCCGAUUUGGUUGGGCAUUUUCAUUAUCUCUCACCGAAAUGGGCUACGUGCAUGCCGAUCUGAUGGUCUCCAUCGUUGCACCCUUAGAAGUAUUCAGAAGGUACAUGUGGAAUUAUUUGCGACUGGAAAACGAGCACCUCAACAACGUUGGAAAGUUUCGAGCGGUAAGAGACAUUUCGAUUGGACCAAUGCGUUAUGACGAAUUUACUGAUCGGGGACCCGAGGGUGCCAUGCGUCUUAUGGACGCGGCUGAUGACGACGGCGACGAAGACAGCUGCGACGGUGUGCGGUGAUAACGAAGUGGAAGAACCUGAAACGGGAAGACGAUCUCAAUUCUAAAAUAUUACAAAUUUUCUGCGUAGGUUUAAUUAAGUGCAUGAGGCGUCCUCCACCAAUUCAGUAACUUUUCUUUGUUAUUCUCUCGGAUCUGUGCCAUAAUUGGUUAUAUAGUAGUACAGUACUACAAGGUACUCUCCGUGAAUUUUUUAUGAUUUUUUAAUUUACUCGUUUCGGAGUUGGUUUUUUUUCUUCCUUGAAACCCGUAUACCAGGAAAGCUUGAUCGAUCUUCCGUGAUAUACGGGUUUUAAAAAAAAAAUAAGCCAUUUCCGAAACGAGUUAUUCGAAAAAUCUGAAACAUUUCACAGAGAGUAUCUUUGGGUAAUAAUACUAUGUAACCAAUUAUGGAACAGAUUCGAGAGGAUAAAAAAAAAGUCGCUGAUUUGGUGGAGCGCGCCUCAUACAUUUAUCUGUAUUCUGUAAUGGAAACACAAGCCUGGCUUAUACAUGUAUAUAAAUAUCGUACAACAUCAGCUAACUGCACGUUUUGCCUUUUGUUACGUUGUUAAUAAUAUUACCAUCGUGAUAUACACAAUAAUACGUAAUUUUGUUCGGAAUAUAUAUUGUUUGUAUAAUAUUCAGCUAAUCUAUAUAAACGAUUGGAUUG